AAUGACAUGUCGACAUCAUCACAACAUCAUCAACAUAGUAAUAAUAAUAAUAAGAAAAAGAAGAUAGUUGAACAGAUUACUUCAUCAUCAUAUUCAUAUGCUUAUGUUACAUUUGUUAAUAAUGAAGAGUAUGCCAAAGGUGUAUUGGCGUUGAAACAAUCAUUGGAUGACUCGGAAUCAACCUAUCCUGUUGUAGUGUUGGUAACAGACUCGAUAUCAAACUCAACUAUCCAAGCAUUUAUCAAACUUGGUUGCCAAGUUCAGUUGGUUACAGCCAUCGAUCCUGGAAAUGGAAUUCGAACACAGAUUGAUCGAUGGAUGCCUGCAUUCACAAAGUUCCGAGCAUGGACAAUGACCAACUAUCAUCGUAUAAUUUGGUUGGGUAUGAAUAUCGAUCACUUGUUCACAAUGUUGGAUAAAUAUGAUGUUAAGGAUAAGGAUAAGGAUGUGAUAUAUGCAUGCGUGGAUGCUGAUGCCAACUCAUGUCAAUAUCAACCGGAUAGGUUGAGAUUGAUCAAUAGUGGAUUGGUAGUAUUGGCACCCAAUAAUGAUAUAAAUAUGCGACUGGUGUCGGACAUCAGGUCAGUGUCCAAACUCCAGAAUGGCGUACUGAAUGACCAGGACGUGAUGAACUACACACUCAGAUGGCAACCAUUGCAAUACCCAGAGUAUGGUGUGCAGGUGACGCACUGUCAGUGUGGCGAUGCACGUCUCUGGAAUUACCAGUUGUCUCACUUUCUCCACUUUACCGCUGGCAUGAAAGAGUUGCCCAAGCCAUGGCAAUACGCAGAAGGACAUCCAAUACCAAUAGAUACACCAUCCUGUGUCGAGAGUCUAUACCUAACAUGGAUGGACUAUUAUAAUAAAGCGUUGGAACGUGUGGUCACAGGU